GUGUUGCCAUGACGUUCAUCAAGCCUCCUCCAUUGGACCUCUGACUUUAUCAGACAGGAAUUUAAUUACAUAUCUUUUACCCUGAACAUUCCUCAAAUUAAAUGACUUCAGGAAUGCUCUGAAGACCUGUACGAAAGCUCUGAAGACCUGUACGAAAGCUCUGAAGACCUGUACGAAAGCUCUGAAGACCUGUACGAAAGCUCUGAAGACCCGUACGAAAGCUCUGAAGACCAGUACGAAAGCGAAUAGGGAAGCAGCGAAAGGGAGAAACUUAAAAAUGCAGAGGCUAUCAUUUCACAUCAUCGCUGUCAUAAUCAGCUAUUUUCUCAAUGGCUGCGUAGUUGUUCACAGCCAGACAGUCUGCAACCGACCAGCCAAUCUGGAAUGGCAGCUACAACCACAAACUUCUCAGGUGAAAUGGACACUCAUGGAAAACAUCUGUAAUAGUAUGGUCCAAUGUUGGGGUGAUCAAGAAAGGACAGAGACACAAAAGUCAGAUGUUACACCAACUUGGAAAUUACCUCAGAUUUGUCCUCUAGAGGUGCAGUUUGGCGUCAAGCUGUUUGUUUCUAUUGAUGCCACUCUGGAUUUAUACGGUAUCAGGAUCCUCAAUGUGUCAAAGGAGGACUUUGAAAGUUGUUCCACUGCACCACAGUCACAAGACCAGUUUCUCUGUUCCGAUGACGUUAUGAAUGCGUCUAGGCAGGUCGAACCUAAGUGGCUUCUCCCGGGCCUUCAUUAUUUCAUAGCUUCGCAUGAGGAGGAUUCACAGCUCUGCAGGCUGGGUCUUCGUCUCAACGUCUCUGUGAAGGAACAACAGUGUCAAAGCAGCCCACUAGUGCGACUCUGCUCCGGGAACGGUGUUUGUAGGACAAGCUUUUGGGAAGACGGAGCGUACCGCUGUCAGUGCCGCCAGCAUUACUAUGGAAAGUUCUGUGAGAAGUUUGAUGCGUGUUUGGAAAACCCAUGUGAGAACGAAGGAGUCUGUGUAAGCAAUGGUACGACAGAUCACAUCCACGCGACGUAUAAGUGUUUGUGCCCUCCACAUUUUACAGGGGCUAACUGCUCUGAUGUGAUUGGACGAGAGAAUUGCGAUAGACUUUGUCGUAAUGGAACGUGUCUCCAUGUUUCACCUUUCUCCUUCAAAUGUGUGUGUUACACAGGACACCCAGGUCCACCUUGUGGGACAUCUUGUGAUCCCAACCCAUGUAGGAAUGGCGGAGAGUGUGAGAAGAGCUCCGAGAGCACCGCUGGAUAUGCUUGUGCUUGUCUGGAGGGAUUCACGGGCCUCCGCUGUGACACCCCCGUUAACAUCAAUUGCCUUUCAUACGAAUGUCAGCGGGAAAAGGCGUGCUCCUUGGGGGAACAUACCUCUCCUGAGUGUGCAGCCUCAGUCUGGCAGUGUUCAGAUGGCACCACAGGCCGACAGUGCAGGAGGCAACGUGGCCCGUGCAGCCCUUCGCCCUGCCACAACAAUGCCAGCUGUUUAGUCCAGGGAGAGGACUACGUCUGCAG